AUGGCUUCAAACUACAAUGAUGGGUUUUACAACUCUGCAUACCAUGAUUCGGAGACACUUGAGAUCGACAGAGGGCUUCAAGGAAAACCUUCAUCCAGACCCUUAACGAGACUAUCAUCCAGACAGAAUUCUUCUUACCCAUAUGAAGAUGACAUUGAUAAUCAUGACAAUAGUUUUCCUAAAGAAAGAAACUGGAGGGGAGAUCAAGGAUUUCUUCCAAGGAAUGCUCAGCAGAUGGAUACAGAUUACAAUGUGCAGAUACCCAGAUAUUCUACAUCGGAGGAGGAUACACAUGCCCUAGGGCACUAUAACCCUUCAUUUCAGUCUGAUCAGGGACCUUCUUAUAUUGAUAUUGACAAGGAUACAGAUGAUGCAAUCGAUGUAUCAGAUGGAGGGCUAAGAAAUCGUUCAAAGCUGCAGACUGCAUUAGCAGCACAGUAUAUGCGCCCAUCCAACAUUGCCAGUCUUGACCCUGUUCUGGAAAGACAUAUUGAGAAUAGCAAUAAACAAGAAAAAGAAAAGCUAAUUGCAAAUCUUGUGGAACAGUCUAACAGUGAAAUAGCUAAGGAAAUCCAGAAAUUUCCAACCUGUCUGAAUGAAAAACGUGACCUGAGGAACCAAGUCAUGAAAAUAAAACAGAAAUCUUUAAAAGAUACUUCCAAAAUGAACUGCUGUACUGGAUAUCUUAAAAGUAUUAAAUUGUCCUUUAGGAGGUUCAGGGAAGCUGCUUCAGAUGCCUUUGAGAUAUUACAACUUUGGCAUAGUACCCUGAAAGUCAUAGAAGGAACUUUUGGGUCAAGCAUUCUGUCUUACUUUGUUUUCCUCAAGUGGCUCCUGCUGUUCAACAUCUUUUCAUUUGUGGUGAAUUUCAGUUUUAUAACUAUUCCUCAGUUUGUUGACAUGCCACCCAACAACCUAUCAUUUUCUGGUCUGGAACUUCUUACAGGAGCCGGCUAUUUUGAAAAAACAGUCUUGUAUUAUGGGUUUUACACAAAUGCCACCAUCAGGAAAGAAGCAAAUCUUGCUCCUUAUAAUAUGCAGCUGGCGUACAUUUUCACUAUUGGAUUGUAUCUGAGUACCUGCUUCCUUAUCCUACUUUUCAGCAUGGCAAAGUCAUUCAAGAAGAAUUUUAUUAACCCUGCUUCCUAUACGGGAAACACUGCGAAACUGCUGUGCAGCUGGGAUUUCAGCAUAAAUAACGAGAAAGCUGUGAUAUUAAAGAAAAAACAUCUCAGUACACAAAUAAAGGAAACUCUGUCAGAAAAGUUGCUGAAGAAACUAACACUUUCUACUAGUCAGAAGUUGGCUCGCCUUGCCAUUCACUUGGCUGCUUGGAUUGUAUCAAUAGGGCUGGCAGUUGGUUGUUGUGCUGGAGUUUACUUCCUCUGUGUACAAGUGGGAGCAUCUACACAGGACACAAAUUUGAAUGAUCUAACAAAGCAAGCAGCGACAUUGUUGGUUCCAGUGGUCGUCUCCCUUAUCAAUCUCAUCAUGCCUCUAGUCUAUGCCCUGUUUGGCCUUGUGGAAAAAUUCAAGUAUCCCCAUCAUGAGAUCUAUGUGGUCAUUAUAAGAAAUAUUCUCCUUAAAAUCUCAAUUAUUGGAAUUUUAUGCUACUACUGGCUUCAGAAAGUUGCAGAAAGUAACUUUGAGUGCUGGGAAUCGUAUGUUGGACAAGAUAUUUAUCGGCUGGUGGUGAUCGAUUUCCUAUUUGUAUUGUUUGGGUCUUUUUUUGGAGAAUUUUUAAGGAGGAUUUUCGGGACGUAUUGCUGUAAAAAGUUAGGAAUGCCAGAGUUUGAUAUAGCAAGAAAUGUGCUGGAUUUAAUCUAUGCACAGACAUUGGCAUGGAUUGGUAUUUUCUUCUCCCCUUUGCUACCACUAAUCCAGAUGAUCAAACUUUUCAUCAUAUUUUAUGUGAAAAAAGUGAGCCUCAUCAUGAAUUGUACUCCUCCUCGAAGAGCCUGGAGAGCCUCCCAGAUGACCACUGUCUUCAUUUUUCUCCUCUUUUUCCCAUCUUUUGCUGGAGUCCUCAGCGUCAUUGGCGUCACUGUAUGGAGACGGGUUCCUUCCAAGACGUGUGGCCCCUUUCGGAAUCUGUUAAGUCCUUAUGAAUCCAUUGAUAUUUGGAUACAUCAGAUAGACUUCUUUGAAAACUCCAAAUGGGUGGUAUGGAUUUAUCGCAACUUAGUUGAAAGUGUUCUCUUCUUCUACAUCCUCACCAUGAUUGUUCUGAUUAUCUCCUAUCUCAACUGGCAAAUUGUACUAGGCAGAAAGAUUAUGGUGAAACAUCUCUAUAAACAAAUAGCCAAUGAAGGACAAGAUAAGUACUUUUUAAUUCAUGAACUUCGAAAAACUCAGAAGCCAAAUGUAGCAGAUUAUGGAGCACCACAAAAAAUGCCAGUGAGACAGAUUCAACCCGUACAUGAAGCCCAAGACAUACAGCUUGCUGAUGAACCCAAACCACAGUUUCCUCAAAGUAAUCGUUCCUCCAGUGCCUUGGCAUUAGCUAUGAGGGCAAGGCAACAAGCAGACCUUGAAGAGGACUCCCCACCAAUGAACAGAAAAGCACCCCGUAAUUCAAGUAUAAUGGCUCAAAUUGAGAUGGCAGGGCAAGAAGCUGAAGGUGACAUGGACCAACCAGGCUACAACACAGGACCAUCAAAUGCUAUGGAGAUGGUCAUGAGAGCCAGGCAGCAGGCCGAAUACGAGGAACAGCAACCAAACUAUGGGGCAGACGCUAUGGCAAUGAGAGCCAGGCCUAUGGAGAAUAAGAGGAUGCAACAAAGGUGGAGCUAA